UGUCAGUCAGUGCAGACAGUAAUUUGCGCGGCCGACAAGAGAUCACCGAUAAAUCUUCAUUACGAGGAGCGAAUAGAAUACUGUCAUGUUCCGUUGUUCGGAUUCCAAAGAAAACCGUCAGUGAUUCUCGUGGUCUGUCAGUCAGUGAUCUGUGACGAGCGGUAGCGGAGACCGACAGGGAACGUGGCGUGUGGGCGGCGUGGCGUUGAGCGCGGGGCGAGACGCGCUGACGUCACACCGCGCAGGCGCAAUUUGCACACUCCUUUAUGCACAGACUCAACUAAAAUUGCAGAGAGUUGUUGAAUUUAUUGCACCUUUUUUUUAAUGUUUAUAUUCAGCAUUAAGGAUACGAUGGCAAACUGCACGACAGUCCGUGUCCGCGUCGUGAGCGCCGCGUACAGUCGACUCGGUCGUCUUCACUGCUACGUUCGUGCGCUACGGAUCGCUACACCGUGUAGCCAUCACUACGCCGCUACGAACCCGCACUACGCUAAGAAAACUACGCCAGUGACUCUGAAAACGCCAGUGACUCAGUUAAUUACAUACAUACAAACGGGUUAUUGAGUGUUUCGCGAAAAUUUUGUGCCACUUCGGAACUUGGUUUAAAGUGAGGAGCCACAGGAAGCGCUGAGGUAAAUCUCAAGAGCGUACAUCAACUCAGCAGCCCGCAGCCCGCGAACAAAGGGAGCCAAACGACAAAGAGGAAUAGUUUCAAUUUGUAUUGAAAGUUUAGAGGUGAAUAGAAACAGUAACGAGCGUGUGGCAGGUGUCACGGAGCGAGGAAACAUGAAGCGGAGGGGAGGUGGGGGAUAGCAUGCCAGCGCCUGCCACGGCGGCCUGAUGGCGCUAGUGCGCCGCAUUCUAGGCGACGCCCAGGCGAAACUACGAAAAAUGGUCGAUGAGCAAGUCUCGGUGGGUACAAGGGUGGACGCUGACCCUGAACCAGAGCCCGCUGAUCCUCUCAUCACACCCGCUAGUUCUGUCCUGGACAGAUCUGACUUGGACCACAGACCGAUACCUCCUGAGCGCCGAUUGCUGAUAGGAACACUCGACAAACCUCGUAACGGAUCUCUUAACGCUGACAAAGAUGCCGGCACACUUAAUAGAACCACACGAUUAGCGAUCAGAAAUGGCAAAGAUAAUCCUUUUAUAGACGAUGACAACAAAGAAAACCAAGCCAAUGGGAAACUUGAUUCUCCAGUGAAAUGGUCCACUCAAAACGGCAGCGAUAGUGGAACAUACGCUGAGAUAGGUAAUGGAAGUAACAGUAAUGAAAGAAAUAUCCUGGACCCGGCCGAUAGCUCUGAGGAAGAAGUUCCUCUGCCUGAUGCUACCUCUCCUGGGAGAAGCAGCGAUGGGCCAGAGCCGCGAGCUGAUAUUACAGCCACCCUUGAAGAGGCUGCAUCACCAGGCGCUCGUUCGGACAGAUCUCGUCAAGAGGAAAUACCGGCAUCCCCUGGGAUGCUAACAGGGGCGCAAUUAGCUCGCCGGCUUAGAAUGGAAAACGAACGAUUACAGGCGGAAUUAACAAGAGUACGCCGACUACUGGUGGCAGCUGCUGAAAGGGGAGAAGCUGGCAACGCUCUUCUCGAGAGAACAAAAGAUGAUGAAUCACAAGAAACAAUCGCUUUGGACCCUCAGCAGCUUGAAAAGGAACUGCUCUUAGCUAGAGAAGCUGUCAAUUCUCUAAAGGCGGAUAAGAAAAGGUUAAAAGCAGAGAAAUUCGAUUUGUUGAAUCAAAUGAAACAACUCUACGCUACGCUUGAAGACAAAGAGAAGGAAUUGCGUGAUUUCAUAAGGAAUUAUGAACAGAUGCGUUCAAGAGGUGGCGCUUCUUCUGCUCUCGGAGCGGAAAGAGCAGAGAGGGAGCGUGAGCGGGCCGCACUCUUACGGCACGCUAGGGAUGAGGCCGAGCGAAGUUUGCAACUGGCCGCUGCACUCAGCGCAAGGGACACUCAACUCAGACAUGCCAGAGAACAACUCUUUGAGGCAAGACGACAGCUACAAGCAGCCGGGUGUCUGUCUGAAGGCGAAAGUGUGGCAUCACUAGGCAUCGGACCUCCGAUGUUAUUGGGAGGACCUACAGGUCUGAUCGGGGACAGAGGCAGUUGUAGUGCAGAUUCUGGAGUAAGAGGUAGCAGCGAUGGAGGUGCCACUUCGGUAUGCGGAGGCAACCUAUCAGAUUCCACAGCGGAAGGAUUACCUCCGACUAUUGACUCAUAUGACACCGAUGGUGCGUCUUUGGUAUCAUCCGCGCAUCACAUUUAUCAAUUGGGCACUCCACGAGACUGCAGUCCUACAGUGUCACCGCACAACAGCGGAUCGCCAUUCACACGAUCAAUUGAUGCAGGAUCAUUGUCAAGGUCAGUGGAACAGCUAUCGAGCCCUGGUGAAUGUGAGGCAGCACUCGUGGGGGGUCUGCGAGGACGCUCGGGGGGCAGCGCGGGAAGUAAAGGUGCCCGUGGUCGAGGUUCUGCGUGGGGAUCCAUAUCCCGCGUAUUUGCAAGGAGCCGACACCGUACCAAAUCCGGCAGCGCUGCUGUGAGCGGUCAUGAAAGUGAACCAGUAUACGCGGGUACCGGUAGUACGACCCGUGCAUGGUCGCCGCUAAGUAGUGAAGCAGCUCUCCGCGAGGCCGCUUCCCAGCCUUUAGCAAGGUGGCGCACACCGGCAAUCAUAGCGUGGCUAGAACUGGCUUUAGGAAUGCCACAAUAUGCAGCUGCAAUAGCCGAUAACGUCAAAAGUGGCAAGAUCCGUGCUUUGAAUGGGCAGGUUCUGCUCGAGUUGACGGAUGCAGAUCUGGAAGUCGGACUGGGGAUCUCACAGCCGAUGCACCGCAAGAAGCUGCGUCUUGCUAUCGAAGAACGAAGACGACCAGACUUGGUCAGGAAUCCAACAAUAGGUCAACUCAGCCACGCUUGGGUCGCCGCGGAAUGGUUACCAGAUUUGGGCCUUUCUCAGUAUGCUGAGUCAUUCCUGGCUAACCUGGUGGAUGCCCGCAUGCUCGACACUAUAAGCAAGAAAGAGUUAGAGAAAUACCUCGGAGUUACAAGGAAGUUCCAUCAGGCCUCCAUUGUUCACGGCAUUCAUCUGCUGAGGAUAAUGAAAUACGAUCGACAAGCUCUGGCGGUGAGACGUCACCAGUGUGAGAACGUAGACGCGGACCCCCUGGUUUGGACCAAUCACAGAUUUAUGCGGUGGGCCCAUAAUAUUGAUUUAGGUGAAUUCGCUGACAAUCUCAAAGAUAGUGGAGUUCAUGGCGGCCUGGUAGUACUGGAGCCGUCUUUCACCGGAGAAACAAUGGCCACUGCUCUGGGUAUUCCACCGUCUAAGAGCAUUAUUAGGAGACAUUUAGUGGCUGAGUUUGAUGCCCUUGUAAUUCCUGCGAGAAACAUGUUUGGCCACCAAAUAAGAAUUUUGGGGAGACCAUUUUCAAGGUCUGUUGCCACUGGAUUACCUGGGAUUGACCUCAGCGGAGAGUCAAGGCGACAUAGUCUACGGGGCUCAAUAACUCGUGCUCUAGGGGUACUUAAGCCUAAACACGAACGAACAUCCCCUUCAAGUUCUAGCGAGAGCUCCAGCGUGCUCAGUCUCGGUACUCAAUCAUAUUCGUACUCACCUCCUGUGGCGGUACGAACCCUCUCUCAGCUGAGCAUGCAGUACGCGCCGCCGCCGACCCUCCAGGAAUACGAACCGAUAUACACACCAUUGAGCCUGUAUUCUCAAUCCAGCGUCUCAACAAGGGACAGCCUACAAAGAUUGAAUGAAAUCAAAGAGAAUUCCAACAUCAUGCACAGGUACGGACAGAGAGCUGAUCAAGCCCACAGAGUGAGUUCCCCUCUACCCAGUAAGUCCGUAGACGACUCCCUCGUCAAACAGAAGAGACACAGACGAGUCAAAAGCAUUGGCGAUAUUAACGCUUCCAGUAAAACUUCUGUUUAGAAUCUUAGUCAAUUAAAUAUAAUCUUACAGAACGCAUGACAUUUUCAUUAAAUUUUUAGCAUUGUUAAGAAAAUAAUGAUUUAGUUGUAAUGAUUAUUCAGUUUGACUGUUAGUUGUAUUUGUUGGUCAUUAUAGGGCACCAACAGACGACAAUUAACAGGUAGUUGAAAUGUUAAUAAUGAUUAUGAAAUUCGGGAGCAAAAAGUAAACAAUAUUUCAGCUAUGUAAAUAAGCUUCAACACUCAUUCAUCUUCUAUAUAUUAUCUAACGCACACAUAAGCGUCCACGCUAGUAAUUUUAGCCAACUUAUUAGACAUCAUUAUAUAACAGAAAAACUAAUCGUGUGCUAUAAAAAAAUUUAAUCAUUCUUUAGGAAAUUGAUAAUAUAACGUCUCUUGCUAAUAAAAUGAGCAUUCUUGUAUUUAUGACCAGUUCCAUGAAGCAAUAUCUCUCGCUCCGAAACUUUAAAACAAAUAAUGUACAAAAUAUUCGGAUCUAAACAUAUGAAUUGUAAUAUUCAAUUGUGGCAUCUAUCAAUUGUACUCAUACAAUGCAGGAAAUCAACAGUGAUCAUACAAAAAAUCGAUUCUAGACAAUAAAUAGCAAGCGAACGCUUAAAAUUUGUACAAACAAACAUGAUAUACAAAGAAAUGUUGAUUGCAAACGAUUAAAAUACACUAGAUGAUAUGGGACAUUCUUGAAAAGUAAAAGACGUUGAGUACAUGAAAUUGGUCACUAGGCAAACGAACUCUAGUAAAAAGUUAUCUAAAAUUAUCAAUAUCUAUACGAGAUUUUAAUUGAAUAAAAAUGAUCAUCAAUCUAUUUAAGAUUUUAUUAAAAUUACUAAUAAAAUUUAUUAAAAUAAAUACUUUUUAACGUCAAAUUAAAAACAACACCAAUCAUAUUGAAUGUUGUUAAAUUGAUAUAUUGUGGUAAAUUCUUGUGCAGUCGUGUAUAAUCCACGAUUAACUUGUCCUAUAUUUUGCCCACAAAUGACGUCAAAUGUAAGUUUUGUUCAGUAGAGCUUUGUAGUUUACGUAGCAAUUUUGAAAACUGAGAGCUGUCCGAUUCCUUGCUGACUAAAGUUGAUUUACCUGAUCAAAAGAUAUUUAUCCGACUUCAAAAAAAGAAGGUUUGUUACCACAGAAGGCCGUCUCUAAUAAACUAAUUAUAAAAUGAAACAUUUUUCAUUACUUAGGACAGUUAAUUUUUUUUACGUUACAGUUAAAUUUUUCAUUAAUACAGUUUCAACUUGUCUCCAUUAAGCGUUUUCCCCAUUUCGUCAUAAUCGGUUCAGUAGUUUGACUUUUAAAUCAAAAAACUGAUCAAUUUGUGUCGUCCAAGUAAUCAAAAUUGUAUAUUUUGUUUGUACUGAAUUUUUUUGAUUUCUUUCACAAUUGAAGUCUGAAAUCAAUUUUUUUAACUAUUUACCUACACAUUCUAGCUUAAACUGUAUUCUAUAUUAAAUUUAAUGGUAUUAAAGGAAGUACACUCAACCUACUUACAUAUAGGUAUAGCUACAUAUCAUAGUCUCAUAUUAAAUAAUUUUCUAGAAUAAAAAUAUUGAUUUAUACUUUAAACAUUUCUACGAUAGUGAUGAUUCAAGUUUAUGUGACAAAGUGGUCAGAAAAAUACCUUAAUGAUAAAGUUGUCAUCACAGUCUUAAAAUUAUACAUGUGUGCACUCACACUUACAUAUGUGUGUACUCGUAUGUGUAUACUAUACACUAGUCGGAUACUUUAAUUUUUUUAAGUGAACGUAUUUAAAAAUUAUAUAGUGUAUAAUCUGGACUUAUCUACCUAUUUUCGUCUCAUCGCGAUAUAAGUAUGAUUCAUAUGAGACUUACUCAAGUAAUAUAAUAUUUAAAACUCCAUUAUAAUGUAAGUAAUCAUAUUAAUAAAUACAUUGUCAUCGAGCUUCGAUUUUCGACUGAUUGUUUUAGUUUCAUCUUCUUAGUCAUUGUUUUGUGAUAUGAAUAAUAUUCGAAAAGUUUAUUUUUUUGUGAUAAUGUUUAAGUCAUUUACGUUUUAUUUUAUUGUAUUCUUUUGUUUUAUAUUGGAAAUAAAAUAUUUGAAUUCUGA